CCACAUCUAUUGAUUCCCUGCGUAUCAAAUUGCGCAUGUGACAGCAAUUUUGAAAAAAAGGUAGGUACGCAUUGUGACAUAACAGGAGACGACUUCGGGCAACACCCACAUUCUUUGUCUCACUUUCAGUCAUUUCUUGGUUGAUUUCUAUUUACCGUUGGCAGAAGAAUCGUGUUAUUUUCAAAUUUUAACUGAACAUGUCGAUUGAACAUGACGUUAAACGAGAUGUGAAGCGCGUUGCAACUGACAUCAAGCACACCAUUCGCCCUCCAUGGUACAGACGAGCUUGGAACCGCGUCCGAAGAAUUUUCAAGAGAUAAUUUUCAUUUCUAUGAUUGUCCGUUUUUGUUCGUUAUGCAUAAUGUUUUGACUCCUUUCAUUACAGUUUGACACAUUUGUAAACGUUUAUAAUCUUCAAUAAACAACAUAAGAUUUUU